UGAUUAACCUGUAAAGAUAUUGUGCUUGUGGUGUUCCUUGUGGAGUUGUCAAUACGAAGUCUAGCUCUUUAUUGCUUGAUUUGGAAAUACAGUGGUUCUUGUGACUAUCUGUUUUAAAGAAAUGGAGCUGACAGCUGAGAAUCAUUCUGUCACUAUGAGUAAUGGGUUGAAAAUCCCUCUAAUUGGUAUAGGGACUUAUGGAGACCCUGGGACCACUCCCAAAGGAACCACAUAUAAUGCAGUCAAGCUGGCCAUUGAGGUUGGAUACAGGCAUAUCGAUGGAGCCUUGGUGUAUUUAAAUGAGCAUGAAGUGGGCCAAGCCAUCCGAGACAAAAUUGCUGAAGGAACGGUGAAAAGAGAGGACAUUUUCUACUGUGGAAAGUUAUGGAACACAUUUCAUCCUCCUGAGCUUGUGAGACCAGCAUUGGAACAAACUCUCCAAGCUCUACAGCUGGACUAUGUGGAUCUCUAUAUCAUUGAACUCCCAAUAGCUUUUAAGCCAGGAGAGACGUUCUUUCCAAAAGACGAAAAUGGGAAAUUUAUCUACCAUGAGACAAACCUCUGUGCCACAUGGGAGGCAUUAGAGGCCUGUAAAGAUGAUGGGCUGGUAAAAUCUCUCGGAGUGUCUAACUUCAAUAAGCGGCAGCUGGAGCUGAUCCUGAAUAAGCCAGGUCUAAAGUACAAACCUGUGUCGAAUCAGAUUGAAUGCCACCCAUACUUCACUCAGCCUAAAAUGAUGGACUUUUGUAAGCAGAAUGAAAUUAUCAUUGUUGGAUACAGUCCUCUAGGAACAUCCAGAGAUCCAUCUUGGGUGAAUUUAAAGUGUCCCCCUUUAUUGGAGGACGAGCUUCUGGUGUCCAUCGCUAAAAAGUAUAAGAAGACCACAGCGCAGGUCGUGCUUAGAUUCAGUGUUCAGCGAGGCGUGGUGGUCAUUCCCAAGAGCUUCAACCCAAAGCGCAUCAAGGAGAACUUUGAGAUAUUUGAUUUCUUUUUGACUAAUGAAGAAAUGAAAGACAUUGAAGGGCUUAACAAGAACAUUCGCUUUGUGGAGCUUCUCAUGUGGGGUGAUCAUCCUGAAUAUCCAUUCCAUGAAGAAUAUUAAAACAAUUUUAUAUGUGCACCAAAAUAAUUAAUAAUGCAUGAAAUAAACAUGCCACUUUUUGUAAUCAGUAUACUCCUCCUAGUUACUGUAAUGAUUUAAUACGGUAUGUAAAUAAAACAUUUUGUCACAAAA